UGGACUGAAGGCAGCGGCAUGAAAGAAAAGGAGGGAGAGAAAGAGAAAGGGGGAAAGGGUGAUACCAUGUCGGUUAUAUACAGUGAAGUCGCUUUAGACGAGCCCACGACCAACAGCUUUUGGAUGCCCAACCACUAUCACAGCACAGUCAAACGCCUGGACGAUGGGUACCGAGUCUGCGACCAGAUUUUCACGUGUUUCCAGGAGAGGGCAAAGAUUGAACGCGGUUACGCUUUGCAGAUGGAGGAGUGGACUCGCAAGUGGCGGCCCCUCGUGGAUGCGAGUCCAUUGUAUGGCUCCUUGCUCCGGGCUUGGCAAGCGUUCUUGGGAGCCUCCGAGCAGCUGAGUCGGCUCCACAUGGAGAUGCAAAGGGCUUUGGUCUCGGAGGAUGCCGCGCGCAUCCGGUCCUGGCAGCAUGACUCCUAUCACCGCAAGCUGUUUGGGGGCUUCAAGGAGGCCUGUGAGCUGGAAAGUGGCUUCCAGAAGGCACAGAAACCCUGGACCAAGAAGCUGAAGAAGGUCGAGAAAGCCAAAUCUUUAUACCACAAGGCCUGUCGCAAAGAAUACAUUUCAGCGCUACGGGAGAGCGGCGUUCAGGCUGCAGGGGGGCCUGAAGUGCCCCCGGAUCGGCAGCGCGCCCUGCGAGAAGAACAUCAGCGUUGCAGCCAGGAGGCCGUCAAGGUACGUGAGCGUUACGAGAAAGCCCUGCAGGACCUUGAUCGCUGCAGCCCUCGCUACAUGGAGGAAAUGGAAUCGGUUUUCGAGCAGGGGCAAGCCCUGGAGCAGAGACGCAUCAUUUUUCUCAAAGGGGCCUUCCUCGCCCUGCACCGGCGCCUCGAUGUCACCGCUGACCCCAGCAUCCAAGCUGUUUAUACCGACUUGGAACAAGCGAUCGAGAACAUAAACGAUCAGGAGGAUCUCAAAUGGUGGCGUAACAGAUAUGGACCUGGGAUGCCCAUGAACUGGCCGCAGUUCGAGGGCUGGAGCCCUGACCAGGAGCGGCCCACGGUGAAAAUCAAGAAAACCAAAGAGCCUGCGAAAGCCGCUCUACGCAGUGUUGCCCCUUCCCAGAGCAGCGCAAAGCCAACAGCCGUCUCAGUGUCAGGACAGCGGGUCCGUGCCGUGUAUGACUAUGCUGGCCAGGAGGCAGAUGAGCUAAGCUUCAAGGCAGGAGAGCUGCUUACCAAGUUGGAAGAUGAAGAUGAGCAAGGCUGGUGCAAGGGGGUGACAGACAGCGGGCAUGUGGGGCUCUACCCUGCCAAUUAUGUGGAACCCGUACAAGGGUAGCUAGAAGGC